AUGUCGUACUCAACAACAAUCCCUUUUGCUCCCGAGCUACUCGGGCCUCUCAAAGCGGUAGCGGGUCCACCUGGUCAACCACCGAUAUUAAAAGAAGGCAUUCAAGAUCGGCGCGAUUUGACGGAGCCUUUUUCAGCACCAGAAAACGUAUUUAAAGACCCCCAUCUCGUGCACGAGGAUACUACCAUUCCGGGGCCAGAUGGAAACACCAUCGAGGUCACCAUCGUCAAAAAGAAAGAUCAAGCUCCGGGGCUGCGCCCCGGGAUCUUUUACCUCCAUGGAGGCGGCCUGAUUCUAGGCAAGAGGACUUUCCUGCUUCAAUCAACAUUCCCGUGGAUCAAGGAAUUAGAUACCGUCCUUAUUACUCCAGAGUAUCGGCUCGCACCUGAAAACCAACACCCGGCCAUGGUGGAGGAUUGCUAUGCAGCGCUGAAAUGGGUCGUCGAGAACACGUCGAAGUUGGGCAUUGAUCCCAACAAGCUGAUGAUUGCGGGCCAUUCCGCAGGCGGCGGUCUUGCUGCUGGCACCACACUUCUAGCCCGAGACCGCAAGUUGCCAGUCAAAUUGUGUGCGCAGCUGUUAUGUUACCCUAUGCUGGAUGAUCGUAGAAUUACGGUUUCGAGUAGACAGUUCGAUGACGUGGGGACUUGGAAAGGGAAUCUAAACGAUUUAGCUUGGAGCUGUGUGCUUGAUGGCAAAAAAGACCGGGAAGACGUGAUAUAUGCUGCUCCCGCAAGAGCAACGGAUUUGUCCGGACUUCCAACUACGUGGAUUGAUGUUGGUGCGGCGGAACCUUUUAGGGACGAGGACGUAGCGUAUGCGACGAAGCUUUGGGAGUGUGGGGUGCAGACUGAACUUCAUGUUUGGGCUGGAGCUUUCCACGGUUAUGAUCUCUUCGCUCCAGAGAGUGAGGUUGCUGCUGCAGGUCACGCUGCGAGAAUGAGUUGGUUGAAGAGAGUUCUGGACUAUUCGCCUCCUGUUACGGUUACUGUGACUGCUGCGCUCUAA